AUGAACCAAGAGCCUUUCACAUACGCCUUAACGCAGAUCAGUCACUUUGUGUCGAACGUGAACAAGAAGAACUUUGCGGCCACAAGUCGGCAGCUAGCGCAGUUGGUGAAAGACUUUGGACUUGAAGCGGACCGUCAUCUGCUGCACUGCCUUUUCUCAUCGAUCGACUUCGGAGACGCCACACAAUCCGCCUCCCGUGGUUAUUGCCAGGCUCGCUUGCUGGCCACUGAACUCGCGAGCCUGUCAAACAAACCGCAGCUGGUCGCCAACGUUUGCUUCGCCAUCGACAAUCCGUUCCCGCAGCAAAAGUCUCUGAAGCCAACGGCGAAUCUGGUAACGCAAAUCUCGAAAACGUUGUCCUGCACCCCGGUCCAGGAAACGGCCGUUUCGAUCGCUCUGCUCAACUCGAAACACCCGGAAACGGUACGGAUCGCCGAGAGCCAUCUACAAACGUGCCUUGCCGGGCUCAUUGAAACAUACAUCGAUUCUGAUACUGCCAGCAACGUUGAGGGAAACUUGAACGACGUUUCGCCCGAGUUCCUGCAGCAAAUACUGUCGCUGAUUGCGGACGGCAAGCACACGGCGUACGGGCUAUCGGAGCAAACGUUUGCCCGCUUCACGCACCAGCUGUGCCGGGACUUUCCGCGCGAUCGGGUGCCGCUCAUUCUAGCGCCCCUGCUGUACGCGGAGAACUCGGAGAUUUCGGCCGAAAUCCUCAAGCUCAACACGCACAGCAUCCUCCGGUCGUCGAUCAUGGAAACGUCCUGGACGAACCUGGUCAUGGAGGUGGGCUACUCGUUCACGGCCACUCUGGACGACUGCAAGAACCACCUGCUGAAGGUGGGUGGCCGGGAGAUAACGCCGCAGGACGUGGCGAAGAUCGUGUCCUCGAUGUGUCUGACGCACGCGUCGCUUUCGGAGAGUAACAUCAACCUGCCGACACCGAGUGCCUUCUGGCCGCAGGGCAGUGAUCCGUCGGCGAAGGCGAAGGAUGGCCAGAACGGGUCGUCGGCCCAGGAGAACAGCACCUGGAAGCCGGAAGUGUUGGUGCAGGCCCUGAAGGAGGUCGUGCCGAACCUGAACUGGAAGGAGGUGUGCCUGGCGAUGGACCACCCGGAGUUUAUGUUGAAGGAUCGGGCGGGCCUCUCGCUGCUGCUGACGAUCGUGAAGAUGGGCAUGCAGGCGAGCAACAUGGGGCAACACUUUCCGGUCGAGUGCCUGUACCAGCGGUGGUCGAACUCCGAGGGUCAGCUGUCGGUCAUUUCGUUGAUUCUGAAAAACCCCGAUCUGUACUCGUUCGCCGAUCACAUCUACACGAGCGUCUCGGUGGAGCUGCUCAAGACGCCGCCGGAGACGGACAACAAGGAGGUGGCCUCGUGGAUGUCGCUGCACCUGGUCGACGUGCUGCUGUACAUCGCGGACCAGGGCCUGUACGUGCAGGUGAUGGACAUCUUCAAGCUACCGAUUCAGCUCUGCCCGGACAUCCUGUUCCUGUCGCUGCUGCAGAUCAACCCACCGAUGACGGUGCCGCGGCAGGAUCUGUUCACGAACCUGAUACCGAUCUUCCUGGGCAACCACCCGAACUCGGGCACGAUUCUGCACCACGCGUGGAACCACACGAACUUCAACAUGACGCUCCGGCACAUCAUCCUGCACUCGAUGUCCGAGUGGUACAUGCGGGGCGACAGUGACCAGUCGCGGCUGUCCCGCAUCCUGGACGUGGCGCAAGAUUUGAAGGCCCUGUCGGGGCUGCUCAAUGUCCGCUCGUUCAUGUUCAUCAUCGACCUGGCCUGCCUGGCGUCCCGGCGCGAGUACCUGAAGCUCGAGAAGUGGCUGGCGGACAAGAUCCGGGAGCACGGCGAACCGUUCGUGAAGAACAUCAUCAAGUUCCUGCAGCGCCGCUGCCCCCAGAUCGUGGUCGGUGGCCCCGGUGGCAAGUACAGUGGCGACGAGCAGAUCCCCAAGUCGGCCCAGCUGCCACCGGAAACGCUCAGCACGAUCAUCGGGUGUCUGCAGGGGUGUAUCGGCAACGUGACUCCCGAGGUGACGGAAAUGAUCGUCGGCAUGUCGCAGUACAGUAUGCUGCUGAGCUCGAAGGCCCGUGCCCAAGCACCUCAGCAGCAACAGCAACAGCAACAACAGCAACAGCAACAGCAGCAACAACAGCAGCAACAGCAGCAGCAACAGCAGCAACAACAGCAGCAACAACAACAGCAGCAACAACCACCGCCUCCGGGAGUUCUGCGCCCGCACCGCGGUCUGGACGCGUUCAGUGCCUCGGCCAUGGGCGGCAGUCAGCUGUUCCCUCCGACGGUCGAAUCGCUCACCUGUUUGACGGCCAACAUCGGCGGGCUGAACAUUGGCGGUGGACCUGGUACCGGCGGUGCCGGCGUCGGUGGUCCCGGUGGGAGUGCGUUCAGUUUCAACAACAUCAUCGCCACGCCCGCUUCGCCGUCGCGUCUGCUGCCCUCGAGCAGUCCGUUCCCGAUGAUGACGCUGCCACCGGGAGCUGCUGCGGCCGCCGCUCAGGUCGGUUCGCUGGGACGGUUGACGCAAACGCCGAACGAUAAGCUCGGCAUCCCGAAUGCCGCCAUCACGGCGAGCCCGUUCGCCGAUAUGGUGCAGACCGUGUCGAAGGAGGUGGAAGAUGAG